UCCGCGCGUAGGAGUACGCAGCCUCCAGAAUACAAACACGGAAAUACAGAGUGUAGACGUCAACUGUGCCUGUAGCUUUAGAAGUUAAAAAAAAAAUACAUAGAAAAAGUGUGCGAUAAUUAUUGGUGAAGGACACGUUUUGUUCCCGUUCUAUGGAUUUUCUGCAGUUGUUAUCAUGGGCGUGCAUCGUGUUCACCAUCGGCAUGUUCUCUACAGGACUGACCGACCUGAAGAAAAUGCGAGCCACUCAAAGUGCCGAUAGCGUCCAGUUCCUGCCUUUCCUCACCACGUGCUUAAAUAAUUUAGGCUGGCUGUACUAUGGUGUGCUGAAAAACGAUGGCACCGUGAUGCUCGUUAAUUCCAUCGGCGCCUCUCUGCAGUGUCUGUAUAUUUUCACCUACUUCCAUUACGCCAAAGAGAAGAGGAAUGUGUUUGUGCAGACACUGGGCAUGGUGUGCUUGCUGUGUGUCUCGUGGGUGUAUUUCAGCAUGAUCGUUCCCCCGGGAAGCAUUCAGCUUUCGCACCUCGGCCUGGCCUGCAGCGUCUUCACAAUCACCAUGUACCUGUCGCCGCUCGCCGACCUGCUGGAUAUAAUACGCACUCGUUCAGUGGAGCGUUUGUCCUUCUCCCUCACUGUCGCCACCUUCUUUACAUCCACCUCCUGGACCCUGUAUGGCCUCCAGCUAGGGGAUUACUAUAUUAUGGUGCCUAAUACACCUGGUAUUGCAACAAGUCUCAUCCGGUUCCUCCUCUUCUGGUUAUUCAACUCUACUCAAGACAAGCCGUCCUACAAAUCCUUACAGAUCUAAGCAGAUCGAUUUAAGUCACCAAGUGCCUUAGCCACAUUUCCUAGGCCAAUCAAAGCCAAAUCUCCAGUCACCUCUUACAUCACUUCCUUGACCUUACAUCACUUCCUUGACCUUACAUCACUUCCUUGACCUUGUCCUUAGACCAUUUACAUAGAAGGUUUUUUUCGUCUGCACACGAUAUUGCUAUCAGCAGAAUUCAAACAAUCCAGAGAGAAAUAAGUCGGCGGUUAUAGUAUUCCGCUGGUAUGAUAUUAAGUUCAACUCCAGGCUUUCUCUCAGUUCCACUACCAUUCAAAUUAACCCUUAAAUGCUUUGGGGUGUUUGUUCACACCGUGACCCCAAUUUAAAAAUCAGACUACGGGGAAAGUUCCCCAAACCAUAUUUGACGUUUGGAUUUAAAAAUGACACCUCAAGAGUGUUUUGCUAACAGAUAAGAGCAAUUAAAUGGAAUUGCAGAUUAGAUUUUGGCAUCCUGAAGUUUUCCUGAAGGCUAUUGUUUUAUACAAACAUGCACUAUUAAUUUGCCAAUUUAUCUCUAUUUUCUAAUCCUGUAAAUGCCUUAAGGUGAUAAUUGUAUAGUUGUUGUAUAGUAUGUUAUGUACUGAGCUACAAUAACAUGUGCAUAUACAUAUACAUACACUAUAUGCACAAAAGCUUGUGACACUUGACCAUUACCAUUAUUUGCUAUUUGCCGUUAUGCUAAUCUCCACUCUUCUGGGCAGAUGUUCCAUUAGAUGUUGGUGGGUGCUAGUGGACUUUUUUAAUCAUUCAGGCACAACGAAUGUGUUAGUUAAGUCAGGUACUGAUGUAGUGCGAGGAGUCCUGGGGGGCAGCCAGCGUUCUAAUUCAUUCGGGUUGAGGUCAGAGGUUUGUAACAAGAUAUGUAAAACAUAUCUUUACUUUGCACCCAGGGAUAUUGUCAUGUUGAAAAAGGUUUGGGUCUCCUGGUUCAAGUGUAGAAAAAAAAUGUCUGCUACUGCAUCCAAAGACAUCUAAUACAAUUGUGUACUAAUUAUGUGGAAACAGUUUGGGAAAUAACCACCUAUGGCCUAUUAAUAAGCAAAUAGAUAAAUAGAAAAGAGGCGAAAUUAAAACUUUUUAUGCAACACAUUUAUUUAUGACAUCCUUACAUAACUUUUAAUUGCUAAACAUUUGUUUUACUGAUGCGUCAAGUCUCAAAUCAAGCACCAAACUCCGCCAUGAUGCAAACGUGCGGCAAUUAAAACCGUCCGUGCGGAAACAGCAAAAGUUCUGUUUGGUGUCCAGAUGAUUUACCCAAUUUAAAAGCAACAUAAUUGAAAACGUUUACAAGAAUAUUUUGUGUUAAUACUCUGUGUUGAGUUUGGUAUCACUAAUAAAAAACAUACAUUUGCAUAAAGCAAAAAAAAAUUUAAAUAAAAUUAUAAAUACACAUACACACACUAUAUUGGCAAAAUAUUUAUUUGCGUAUUAUAUUUGGGUCACCUGAACUUUCCUGCUGUAUGUGGUUAUUUUCCAAACUGUUACCACAAAGUCUUUAAAUGCGCUCUAAUACAUUUUUGCAUUUACUUGAAUUCAGAAACCCAAACCUGUACCAGCAAUGCCCCAGUGCACAAAGUAAGCUCCUUGAAGAUCUAGUUUACAUGCUAUGGAGAGGAAGAUCUUGAGUGGGCUUCUGUAGAGCUCUGGUCUCAUCCCUACUGAACACCUUUGGGAUGAAUUGUAACGAAGACUGCUGAACGCUAACGUACAUCAGUACCUGCCUUUCAUAAUACCCUUGUGGCUGAUGAACACAAAUAUCCAUAAGCAACUCCCUAAUCCAGUGGAACAUUUUCCCAGAAGAGUGAGGGGAAUUAUAAGAGCAAAUUGUAAA